GUUCUCAAAAUACGCCUAGCAUAUUAUUCAACUGAAAAAAUGUCGCACACAUCGAUUCUCCAAAAGAUCAGAGAUACAAGGCCUCUGCAUCAAGCCCACGCUCAUAUAAUCGUGUCAAAUCUCUCUGAAAAUGUUUUCCUAUGCAACAGGUUGAUGAAUGCAUAUGCCUCUUGCGGACUUGUAUCGAUAUCUCAGAUUAUAUUUUCUCAAAUUUCGGACAAAAAUUUGGUGUCUUGGACGAUUUUGCUAUCUGGGCUCACGAAAAAUGACCGUUUCUUCGAAGCUGCUGAGGUUUUUAAUGAGAUGAUGGUACUAAAAAUUAGGCCGAAUGAGAGAACAAUUGCGACUGUUUUGCCUGCAUUUGGAAAGUUAGGGAGGGUCUUGUUGGGGAAAUCUGUACACUGUUAUUGGAGACGGCGCAAUUUUGGUGGUAAUGUGUUUGUGGAAACAGGUUUGGUUGAUAUGUAUUCAAAAUUUGGGUGCAUGAGGAUUGCGAGGAAUGUGUUUGACAAUAUGACUGUAAGAAAUGUAGUCUCGUGGAAUGCGAUCAUUUCGGGAUACUCCAGUAACGGAUAUGGAGGGGAAGCGUUGCAGAUGUUCAACUGGAUGAGGAGGAAUGGGCUGCCUGGGGAUAUUUUUACGGCGAUGAGCUUGAUUAGUGUGGAGGAUUUCAGAGUAGGAGUAGGGAUCCAUAGCUUGGUGGUUAGAAGUGGAUAUGAGAAUGAUCCACUAAUUAGAACGGCUUUGAUGGGAUCGUAUAUAAAUGGAAAUUUUGUUGAUGAUGCUUAUCGUAUAUUUGAGGAGAUCGGUAAGAAGGACUUGGUUGCUUGGACUUUGAUGUUGAGAGGGUUUUCGAAGAGUGGAAAUUGGAGAAGGACCCUUGAACAUUUCGAGAAGAUGAUGGGAGAAGAGAAGAUAGCGCUGGAUUAUGUAUCUCUUAUAACUAUGCUUUCGGCUUGUAGCUGUUUCGGAGCUUUGGAGCAGGGAAGGCGAAUGCACGGUAUGAUGGAUGCAAAAAGAUACUUUGGUGGUAUGGUAGAGAAAGAUGUUGCGUGUUGGAACACGCUGAUAUCUGGUUAUGGCAUGAUUGGAUGUGGGAAUGAAGCCAUAGACACAUUCUUAAAGAUGGAUGGUUUGGGUCUAAGUCCAGAUGAGUCGACGUUGGUAUCAGUCCUGUGUGCUUGUAGCCAUGCUGGCCUGGUCGAGCAAGGGCUCCGAAUCUUUGAUCAGAUGACCAAAGUUUGGAACUUGAUUCCUAAUUUGAAGCACUAUGCCUGUGUUGUAGACCUUCUUGGACGUUCUGGGCGAAUAAAUGAUGCUUACUCACUCACGAAGAGCAUGCAUCUACAGCCGGGGGUUGAGAUAUACAGUUCUUUGCUUACUGCUUGCAAAAUCCAUAAGAACUUUGAGCUGGGAGACGAGAUUGCUCAAAAAUUUGUUGAGUUGAAACCUAAUGACGCGGGGCACUAUAUAUUGCUCUCAAACGUGUAUGCUUUGGCUGGAAAUUGGGAUUGUGCAAGAAUGAGUAGAGUAUCUUUGAAAUCGAACAACUUGAAGAAGAACCCUGGCCUUAGUUAUAUGGAGAUAAAUGGAGAAAUGUUCACAUUUAUGGCUAGCCAAACCGACCAUCCUCACUACCUAGAGAUUAGGGACUUCCUUCAAGGCUUGAUCUUGAAAAUAAAAGCUGCAGGAUACGAGCCUGACACCGACUCUGUGCUCCUAGAUGUGUCGGAUGAUGUGAAGAGAGAUAUUCUGUUUCACCACAGCGAGAAGCUUGCUAUUGCUUUUGGACUGAUGAGGACUAAGCCGGGAUCAGUAGUUCGGAUCACAAAGAAUCUACGGAUUUGUGAUGAUUGCCACUUAGCUAGUAAGUUCGUCUCCAAAGUCUAUGCGCGAGUUCUGAUUAUAAAGGAUGCCAAUCGCUUUCAUGUUUUUCGUGAUGGCAUAUGCUCCUGCAGAGACUGGUGGUGAAUGUUGGAUGCAGAGCAAACAUUCUCCGAUGUUCGAUCUUGCUCUACUCCUUUUCAAUAAUUUAGAAUUUGCUUGUUAGAAUUUUUAGCACAUUUUUUUACUGCAACUAACUAUCUUAUUGAUCUUGAAAUA